GUCAACAACUUUUCAACAUUUAACUUUUAGUUCAAUGAGAUGUAGCUGUAUCAGUCAUCGUUACUAUCUUUAACUGAUUUGUAGGUUUAUAUUCAGUUACUUUUGCUGUUUGCUAUCUUGUUUGACCAUUUUUUUACCCUAACCAACAGCUACUGUUCUGUCAUUUCAUUGGCUGACAGGAUGAAUCAUCACCAACCAUCUUCCACUACUUUUAAACCUGCCAUCUCCAGGUUCUUUCACUACAUCCACAAAUCUUCCUCUCUUCCCCCCAUCUGAAAAUAUGCUCUUCUAAGAUAGCGAGACGUUGUUAUUGCAGCUAAUGACCAGCAGAUGGCAGCUUCUGAUGAGACUUGGAAAAAAAAAAAGUUGCCUGUUAAAAGUCUUUUUGUGAGGUUUCUCCUCUGCUCUGCUCUGCUCUUGUCUUUCUCUCCUCUGUUUCUCCCCUGGUCCCUCCUCCUUUCUCCUCCUCCUGCUCCUCCUCUCUGAUCCUCGGAGCAGCUCCAUAAAAACCUUCUCUCUGCCGUGACACUCACAUCCACAACCUCCAUCCCACCUCCUCUUCUUCUCCCCUCUCCUGUCUGUCUCCUCCAAACUCACUCUCCCUCCUGAAUGAAGUGGACAGGAUUCUCCUCAGUUCUGACUCCGUCUCCUGAACUUCAGUGCACCUGAUACCUGCUCAGGCUGGACCGGGGAUUUCUCCCGUUUUUAUUGGCGGCGUGACAUGAGGAGACAGUUUCCACGCACAGACAUGAAGACCAGAUGUCUGUGGACGUCCGUGCUGAUGCUGCUGCUGUUGUCCAUCUUCUCUGUGGUUACCACUGCUGUUUCACCCAGUUCUGGAGGUCCCGAUCUAAGACAAAGCACCAAAUCCAAAGUGAAGACGUACUGGAGCGAGAGCAGUAAGACCUUCUCCAUCAGUCGCCUGCUCUAUCAGACACUCUACGACAAGGACAACUUCACCUCUGUGGAUCUGGACGAGACUGACUCGUUGUCCAAACCAGAGCAGUGGAACUGGCUGUACAACACCUCCAGCUCCCAUGAUCCUCGGUCUAGGUCAAAGAGAAGGCCCAUCGUCAAGACUGGCAAGUUUAAGAAGAUGUUCGGCUGGGGCGACUUUCACUCCAACAUCAAGACGGUGAAGCUCAACCUUCUCAUCACUGGUAAAAUUGUAGAUCAUGGCAACGGGACCUUCAGCGUCUACUUCCGCCACAACUCCACGGGUCAGGGCAACGUUUCUGUUGGACUUGUUCCUCCGACAAAAGCUGUGGAGUUUCAGGCCCAUCAGCAGAACCAACAGCACCAUCAUCACAGCCAACAGCAGCAGCAGCAAAUGACGGCUAUGGAGACCAAGGACACCAAGCUCUUCAACUGCAGGGUGGAAUACGAGAAGGUGGAGAAAGGCACCAGGAACUCGCUGUGUGCCCACGACCCGUCACAGAGCUGUCCUCAGGAGCAGACCCAAAGCCAUGUGUCCUGGUUAUGCUCCAAGCCCUUCAAGGUCAUCUGCAUCUUCAUCACCUUCUACAGCACCGACUACAAGCUGGUGCAGAAGGUGUGUCCGGACUACAACUACCACAGUGACACCCCAUACCUUCCUACAGGGUGAUGGCAGAACCACUGAAUGGAAGGUCAACAGAGAAAGGAC